AUGGACGUGUCGAAUGUGUUAAUCCGCGAGCUAAGUUCCCGCGAGUGGCGCCGUUUCGAAGCGCACCACUGCCUACCGGCCGAUGCCAUCGAUCCGGCUUCCCGCCCGCAAGUACUGGCCAAGUUCAAUAUACACUUUUACGAGUACGAAGAAGACGAGGCUCACCCGGAACCAAGCGAACCACCGGUGGUAACGGUCCUUCUUAACGAGGCCUCACCAUCACCAGCCAGCCCAGCCGGUGGGAAACGGUCAUCGCCGGAUCAGAAACAACCCGCCUUAGCGGGCCAGGAAGAGCAUCAAUUAGCCGAAACGACCCGGUCGGUUACCAGCAAGGUUCAAGAGGAACGGCAGCAGGCCACUCAUUUGCCCAGCAUUAAAGGUUGUAGGUUAUGUUUACCGCGUACCGUUUUGCAGUCUGCGCGCUGCGGUUCUAGCGAGUGAAUCUCCGGUUCUGUUUGUUGUUCUCUCGUUGUUCUAACGCUAGAUGAUGAAGGUAUCCUCGGGCUCAGCAACGAACUGGCCGAAAAGA